AUGCGCACUGGCGCCUUAUACGAGAGCGCAGAUAUCCAUAGCGACAAUAACACCGGUCGAGAAUCCGCCUCGCGUCAUGGCGUCUUUCCGUGACAACGGCUGCCUCCGAAACAAUGUAACAGCGCCUGUAUGGCGGGAGAGUCGCGAGGCAAACAUGCGUUUUUAAAACGGCAGCAUUUAUUUAAAAUCAUCUACCCUUUGACGUCAUAAUUCCCGGAGAUAACGGCGGCGCGUCCUGCGGUUGUCAUGUAGCCGAGGCCGCGGCGCGUCGUAUCGCAUCGCGUUGCUGGGCGGGGAGGGGAGAAAUCAGACGGAUCUUUAAUAACAAAGCAUCGGGAAUAUUCAUGUGUUUUUAAAACUGGACUGUGGAUUUGACGCAGGGCUGAAGGAUGGACGUAGGUGCUCUUGCAGGUGGGGAUGGAGGACCCAGACGAGUGGAUUCGGUGGAGGGAGGCCUUGAAAUUGUGCCACUGGAGAUGUAUGAUUCAGCCCGGGCUAAGAUCGAGGCAAACCUGCGCUGGCUCUUUGCCAAAGCUUAUGGUGAAGAGCACAUCCCCACAGACCUGAGGGAUCCCUUCUACACGGAUCAGUACUGCGUGGAACACAUAAAACCUCCGGUCCUGAGUCUCCUUCAGUCCUCUGAGCUGUACUGCAGGGUCUGUGCUCUGCUUCUUAAGGGAGACCAGGUGUCAUCACUGUCCUCCCAUCAGUCUGUCAUCCAGACGCUCGCACGCCGGGGAAUUUAUGUCAGAGAACCCGAUGACACGCCCGUAUCCCACGAUGACCUCUCCUCCACCCCGAUUAAAAUGAGUUCUCAUAUUCCACUGAUCGAUGCGCUGAUGAUGGCUUACACAGUGGAGAUGAUGGCCAUGGAGAGAGUUGUGUCGAGCGUCAAGCGCUUUUCAACCUUCUGUGCAUCUAAAGAUCUUCCAUUCGACAUGGAGGACGCCAUGCUGUUCUGGAUCAACAAGGUCAUUUUGAAGACCAGAGAGCUUUCUGAGAAAGAACUCAAAAUGAAACAGCCGCUCAUUGAUUCGCCGUGCCAUCAGAAGCCCGAUCUCAUGAAUGCUUUGGCCCAUUGCAUGCUGGAGCCAGUGGAGUUCUCUCGUGUGGUACGGUAUCGAAGAGAUCACCUGUCUGGACGUCCUUUUCCUCACCUGGCUCCGAUGCAGGAUUUGAUGAAGGAUGUAUGUGAUGGGGCGGCACUGCUGACAGUCGUCCACUUCUACUGCCCUGAAUAUAUGAGACUAGACGACGUAUGCCUGAAAGAGGUUCCCUCGCUGUCAGACAGUGUUUAUAACAUCCAUCUGCUGAAGGAGUUCUCCAAUGAAUAUCUGAAUAGAUGUUUCUAUCUGCACACUGAAGAUCUGAUCUACAGCCCACCUGUACUGAAGCAAAAUGUGAUGGUUUUUAUCGCUGAGCUGUUUUGGUGGUUUGAGGUCGUGAAGCCCGACUUUGUCAAACCAAGAGACCUUCAAGAGAUUAAAGAUGUGAGAGCGUCUCUUCAGCCAAAGAGUUCCCAUGCACAUGUGCCCAUAUCCAGUGCCACCAAACGCAGCUUCAUGACAACAUCACCUUCAGCUGAUUCGCUGGCGACAGUCGUCACUCCUGAUGGUUAUACGAGGUACUAUUUGCAUCCUGAGGAGUCGUUAUCUGUAAUGAAAGGAAGCCCCGCCCACAGCCCCUCCCACCCACUCCUCCCACUGCGACAGAGGCCACAGACUGCCAGUCAGGGUGAAGAGAAUUCAGAUCUGAGGAACAGGUCAAACUCUUUGUCACGUAUGGAUGGACUCAUGCUUGGAUCACAGCUGGCCUGGGUAGAAAGGAAGCAUAGACCCAUCUCACAGAUGGAUACGGAUUGGGAACGUUUAUAUGGCGAUGAUGUCAGCUUGGCUCGUUCCAUCAGUAAAGACAGUUUAGCAUCCAACGUCAUCACCAUCACUCCACGACACCGCAUAAACGGCCAGCCCUUGCUCCAGACUCAUCACUAUGACAACCAAGAGGAAGAUGAGGAGCUAGCGGCUGUCAUUGACCCUGAGGGUGCGGCUGGAUCCAGAGAUGCCCGACCUCAGAGUUUCUUCUUAGAACCGUUACAGCCUGCGCUUUUACGACCAAACAAAGAGAAAACGGGGAUAAGUAAACGGGAAGAGAGCGGUGAGGGGCGGGGUCACAGGAAGCCGUACACGCCCACAGAAUGCAUGCCGAAUCGAACAUUUACGCCAAUCAACAGCAUAGAGCAAGAAGACACGUCUACGCAGUCCCCGGGGCGUUCUGGAAGUUUCUUUUUGCACGACGAUACCGAGUGUGUGAGGGGUAGCCCGGUGGGAGGUUGGGAGGACAUUACUUCCGACUCUGAAUUCGAGGAAGAAGCAGUGGAGGACCAGGAACUUGCCAAAGCACUGCUGAUGCAUGCUGGGAGGAAGUGCAUGGGACGGGGAGACGUGGAAGAGGAAUCUGCAAAGCUGCAAGAGGACGUUUGCUUGCGAGAGCGGGAAGAUAAGGAGGGCGAGAGUGAGCGGGCCAGUCCUUGCCUCAGUACGGUAUCUCAGGCCAGCAGCACGUCGACGUGCACUGGACGCAUGACGAGCUUUGCUGAACGCCGCAGACAUCGAGUCGGACUGCCUGAUGGUUGCUAUAGCACCGCCAGCUCUCAAACGACCACUCCUGAUGGGUCAGAAAGCUCCCAGUUUCCCUCCGACAUGAGCCCGAGCACACCUGUGGCGGCUGCUCGACCCGGCCUCGCUUCUGAACUCGUCCACCUGCGCAUGCAGCUGGAGGAGAAACGGCGUGCUAUCGAAACGCAAAAAAAGAAGAUUGAAACUCUGUCGGCACGUCAACGGUUGCAGUUAGGUAAAGCGGCAUUCCUGCAGGUUGUUAAAAAGGGGAGGAGCGACACAUUGCCACACCCACUAAAACAGGAAAUCACGUCUAAAGAGAAAGCGCUUGCGAAGGAUGAUGCAUGUGUGGAGGUUUUAAAGGCGAGAGAGCAGUGUCAAGAUAAAGAAGUACCUGUAUCCCCAUCAGUAGUGCAUAAGGACAAUCGUUUGAGUGUCCCAAGGAGCGACGUUUUGGACGAUGAGGGCGCAGAGCCCGAUCUUAGCGAAUGUAGCCGCUCUAUUGAGCUCCUGAACGACGCAAUUGGAGCAAUUCAGCAACAAAUGAUGCAAUUGUCUGUCCAACAGGAUUUGCUCAUAAAACAGACUGUUCAGUCUCCACAAGAGCCCACACAAACACACGCAACCAAAGCAAACACUGUGUCGCAUUUAAGCGAGCAGCAUGACGGUAGAACCCGACUCUCCGUGCAUUUCACGGAGACCAUUUCCACUGCAACCAAGCGUCCUCCAAGACUAAGCUCGAGUCGCACGCCUCGGACGAAACCUAGUGAACUCAAACUGAGCAAGGACAGUCGUCCUGCAUCCAAAACAAGCACUCCGACCACCAGCGGUGACCCCAGGCCCUCGCCGGGCGGCAGGACCCCCCGGGCCGAGAACGAGGAGGAGAGUGGAAUUAAAGGCUCCAAGGGAAUUACACGAAAUACCACGUUCAGACCGCAUGACCGACAUGCUGACAGUCUCGACUCGAAUAUCCCAGUAGUGGAACCAUCACCUGCCGAUCUGACCCGGGAGAGGAGCGAGUCCGGAGGUUCUGGAAAAGAGAACGUUCCCGUUCCGUCUGAGGAAAACAAAACAAAAGCCCAGCUGAUUGAGGUGGACCUCUCUGAACUUGCUGACCCAUCAGAAACCGGCACAGAACCGGAUGGUGAACAGAAGUCCGGACUGGGUUUCUUUUUUAAGGAUGAUCAGAAAGCAGAAGACUUUUUGGCUAAGAAGAGGGCAGCGUUUCUUCUCAAACAGCAGCGCAAGGCCGAGGAGGCUCGAAAACGCAAAGAGCAGCUGGAGGUGGAGUCAGAACUCAAACGGGAUGAAGCCAGACGUAAAGCUGAGGAGGAUCGUGUUCGUAAAGAGGAAGAAAAGGCUCGCAGGGAGCUGAUCAAACAGGAGUAUCUGCGCAGGAAACAACAAGAGCUACUAGAGGAACAGGGCGUGGCCAAACCACACCCACGACCCAGGAGGCUACGCCCCAAAUCAUUACACAGAGCCGAAUCUUCCUGUUCUGCUCCGGUUAGUCUGUGUUCUGCUCCGUCUGGAUCUUCUCUCUCAUUGGCUUCUGCUGCUACUGAAGGUGACAGCGUGGCGUCGGGAGGAGCCAGUUCAAACAGGGGGGAAUCUGUGGAAUCUUUUCCCAUGUUAAGUCGGAAUGCGAGCAGGAACAUGGAGCGUGAUUGGGACAAUGGAUCAACAGCUUCAUCCAUCACUUCUGUAGCAGAAUACAAUGGGCCCAGAUUAUUUAAGGAGCCGAGUGCAAAGUCUAACAAACCAAUUAUCCAGAACGCCAUCGCUCACUGCUGUCUCGCAGGAAAAGUCAACGAAUCCCAGAAAAACUCAAUUUUGGAGGAGAUCGAACGCUGCGAGUCCAAUCACCUGAUCAUUCUUUUCCGAGACGGCGGAUGUCAGUUCAGAGCUCUGUACACAUAUUCACCUGAAACAGAGGAGAUCCUUAAACUCAAAGGUACCGGACCGCGAUCCAUAAGCCGUAAGAUGAUCGACAGACUAUACAAAUACAGCUCGGACCGCAAGCAGUUCACCGUCAUCCCCGCCAAGUCCAUCUCUGCCAGCGUAGACGCCCUGACCAUCCACGGUGUCCUGUGGCAGGCCAAACGGCCGAGCACGUCCAAGAGAAAAUGAAAACCACUUUCUUUUGGCCCAUUGGAUUCCUCUGCUGCUUUCUGAUUGGCUACUACACUUUAACUAAUUGAAUUUUGCUGACGAGCAGGCCUCCUAAUCUCCUAUUGGUCUAUGAUCUUCUUCAUUGCUUCCUCAUUGGUUCGCUCCUGUUGGCCACUGAUCUGUGACACAGGAGUUCAGGAUGGGUGGAGCUUCUCUUUGAUUGACAGAUGUGUUUUAGAAGGAUUUCUUUUUCAGUGUUUUAGGCAGAAAUCUGCAUGUGGCACUUUUCUGUUUGGAGGACGUUUGAUUUUACCGUAGUAUUAAUUUAGACGGGUACGAAAGGCGGCCCUCGCACUACUUGAAUUAUGUACACACAUGGGAUCAUUGCUAUGGUUACGCAGGUGCGUAUGAAUGUGUGUAUUGAUGCAUCCUGUGUUUUUGGGUUUCUCAUACCUUUCCAUAUGCUGCUUCUUAUAAGUGAUGCAAUGUAUGUACAACAUGAAAAGGUGUGUGUGUGUGUGUGUGCGUGCGUGCGCGUGUGUGUGCGUGUGCAUGUGUGUGUGUGGAUGUUGAGCUUUUCAAUGUCAUGGUUUCAUAAUCUUCUCAUGAUGGUUCUGUAUUAUCUGUCUUUUUCUUUGCACUCUCAUGUGUUUUCACACUGGUUACUGACAGUAUUAAUGUAGUUUUGUAAUUCUUCACUAAGGAACCAGAUUGUCAUAAACACAUUGCCACUGAAUGCGUGUGUGUGUGUGUGUGUGUGUGUGUGUGUGUGUGUGUGUGUGUGUGUGUGUGUGUGUGUGUGUGUGUGUGUGUGUGUGUGUGUGUGUGUGUGAUUGGUAAAAAAUUUGUGAGACUUAUGUGAGCAGGGGUUCUGUUACAUUUGUUUGGAUUGUACAAAUCUUUGGUUUAUCUUUAUAAUUAUUAUUAUUAUUAUUAUU